AUGACCCUCAUGGCCGUGGCAGCGGACUCUGGCCAUCCCGACGCCCAGAUCACCCCGGGAGCCAUGGCGGACCAGGACCCUACUGUCCACCGUCAGAAUAGCAUGAAGCAUCGCCAAUUCGGUAUUUAUGCUUCAAGGCGGACCCAUCCGAAACCCAACUCAACUUCAGACGUUCCAGAGCGUCCCGACUCCGACUUCCCGACAGCCUAUCCACCAACACAGGCACAUCCCUUGCCCACAUCGCCUCCACGCUGGGACUCACUCUCCAAGACCUCGACCAAUUUUGGAAUGCAACAAAACUCGACAAACCCCCAACCGCAGCCACUAUCCCCUCGACGUCCUGCCUAUGAUUCUGCCCAGCACUACCCCUCCUCCCCUACGUUCCCCUCGCUGGCACCGAGGCCGGGUCAUGACCUCGACGACGACUUGAGUGCCGACGAAUGGACAAGCAGAGCCGCUCGCUCGAUCAGAUCUCCGAUCCCGUACGACGAAGACGACCGUUCCUCGAUCGACACCAUGCAGGUAGACAAUUUCUCUCGCCCGAGAAGGCCCAGCAUCAAGCAGCCGACACAAGAUUCAUACCGACCUCGAGCCAACUACCCGUCUUCAGAGCCCCGUUCUGACCCCAAUUCGCACCAUCAAGCAUGGCCGCGACCACGGGGCCAGUCCGGAUCAUCUGCGAGGUCGGCUUCAACGUUUGCCUCGCUCCCAGCUUCGGGAGGUGACCUCUACGAGCCUCGCGCCCCCUCUCGUUUACGAAGUGCCCCGCCUCCGUCAGGCCUCACCCGUCCUCCGAUGGCAUAUGGCCGCAUCGACAGCUCGAGCUCUGGUCUAUCUACGUACGCGAAGGAGGCGCCGUGGAUGAGUGGGGAAGACGAGAUGAGAUCUAGUUACCGAUCCCAGAUGACUGCGUCGAGUGCACAGGGAACGUACGUGACGGAAAGAAGCAGUGUUCUCACCAAGAAUAGCUCGAUCCCAUCGCUGUACGCUAACGGGGAGGAGCUUAGUGUCGACGACGUUAUGGGAAUGUACGAAAAGGGCUUCCGGGACGACUCGAGCCCCGAGGACCACGACGACGAUGACGAUGUGCGUCCAGUUCCAGCGGCGGAGAUCAAUAGGAGGAACACGAGAAUGCUGGAGGCACUGAGCCAACCCUUGGUUGUACCCGCCACCUCGCUGGCUGUUCCGGCUUCGGAUACCAUCGUUCGUGAAUCCACCGAGAUGUUCAGGGUACCAGGAUACCCAGCCUCUUUGCCGAAGGAGCUCGGCUUGACUGACUACGAUCGAAACGACGACGACAAAGAUACUAAUGAGAAGCGAGACUCUGCGAAAUCUCUCCAGAGUGACACACCAGCCACGUCCCCGCAGAUGAGCAGCCCUUCAGCCUCCUCUACGCGAACGGCCGUGGAUCCAGAGCCGGUUGAAACUGAGGAACCGGGCGCACGGGACCGAUACGGGUUCAAAAAGGCCAACCAGCAUAUCAACAGGCAGCAGUACGACGCCUGGGACAAGGGUUAUUCCGAAUACCUCGACCGACGGCGCAAGAAGUGGACCGCAUUCAUGAAGGAGAGCGGACUCAUGACGAAUCAACCUGAACGAUUCCCUCCCCAUAGCGCGAAGGCAAAACGGUUCGUGCGGAAAGGCAUUCCGCCUGAGUGGAGAGGGGCUGCCUGGUUUUACUACGCGGGAGGCCCUGCCAUCUUGGCAAAGCACUCGGGUCUCUAUGAAACCCUGGUGAAGAAGAAGGCUAAAGACAUUGAUAUUGAGGCGAUUGAGCGAGAUCUUCACCGGACAUUCCCGGACAACGUGAAGUUCAAGCCUGCAAGCAUGGCGUCGAAGCCAAACACGGAACCAUUGCGAGACGGCGAGCCAACGGACGAAUCUGAGAAUGGAGCCAAAAAUGAGCCAGUCAUCAUCUCUUCUCUCAGACGAGUAUUGCGCGCUUUUGCCAUUUACAACCCACGUAUCGGAUACUGUCAAAGUCUCAACUUCCUGGCCGGCCUGCUCCUUCUAUUUAUGGACUCGGAAGAAAAGGCCUUCUGGCUGUUGAACGUCAUCACCCGGCUGUACUUGCCCGGCACCCACGAGAUGAGCCUCGAAGGCUCCAAGGUGGACCUUGGUGUCUUGAUGAACGCUAUUAGGGAGUCCAUGCCUGCUGUCUGGGCCAAGAUUGGCGAUGAUAUGGAAGGCGACCCGAACGCGGCACGACCGGCGAAGCCGGUGAAAAAACCGAGGGUGAGGAGAAAGAACCAGCCUAGCAUCUCGUCCAACCGUCUGCCGCCCAUUACACUUUGUAUGACGGCGUGGUUCAUGAGCUGUUUUAUCGGCACUCUUCCUAUUGAGAGCACGUUGCGGGUUUGGGACGUCAUCUUCUAUGAGGGGUCCAAGACUCUAUUUCGCAUUGCCUUAGCCAUCUUCAAGCUUGGAGAAAACGAGGUUCGAUCUGUCACGGACCCCAUGGAAAUGUUUUCCGUGAUCCAGGCAAUGCCUCGCAAGCUGCUAGACGCCAAUACUCUUAUGGAGGCUUGUUUCAAGCGUCGCAACGGGUUUGGACAUCUCAGUCAAGACACGAUCGAUACCCAGCGGGAAGAAAGACGUGUCAAAGUCCAAACAGAGCACCAGAGAGCCGCCACGUACGCAGGCGCCGUGGACAGUGCCAACGCUACCGAGGCCGAAGGAGAGUUCCGUAGGAAAGGCACCCUCUUUGGACGCAGGAGGCUUGGUAGAUCAGCAGAGGUAUCGUGA